AUGCAUGAAACAAAUGAGGACACUCGAAGCAGUAAUACACUGAUGGACAGUGCAGAGAUAGAUGGAAAUUUACGUUGCGAAUCCCCAAAACGAGGAACAACAUUGUCAACUAGCACAAGCAGUUUCGAGGCUCUGGAUCCUCAUGACCCAAAUCUCAGUCGUCUAGCGAAUACAAUGUUCCAAAAAACGGGUGAAUAUCUUCAAGAGGAGUUGACAGCCACUCACGCAGAUUAUCGUUUAUUGGAGAGGCUCAACAAAGAAGCUAUAUCCAAAUAUGCCGAAUUGAAAACUAUUUCGGCUAACGUAACACAAUCUCUGGAUGCCCUGAAUCUUAAGUACAAAAAAUUACAGCCUGUUCUGGAUAAUAUUAAUCAAAUAGACGAUAGCGUUACAAAACUUGAACAGGCGGCUUACAAAUUAGCUGCUUACUCCAAACGAUUGGAAGCAAAGUUCAAAGAAAUGGAAAAAGAGAAUAGAAAUAAGUGA